AUGCCUAGAUUCUCCGUCUCUUUUGGCAGGCGGCGUUCGACCGUCAACUCGGACGAGUUUCAUGAGGAGCCCACAGCGACGAAAGAAAGACCAACGUCGUUCCGUGUCAUGGAAAGGACCGAAGUUGGAGGGCAAAAGUCUUUCGACGGUGGACACAGGCUGGUAAAAGCGACCACGACGGUAAUUCCUUCCAAGCAGAACUACUCGGACCCGUCUCUUGGGGACAACAUGUUUUCCGACGUCAAGAACAACCGCUUAAGGGGAAGUGGGUCAUCUAAUACCACCAAAACAACCUCGACAGACACUUCUUCGCGCCACAGCAACGUCUCGACCACACCGUCUUCGGCUGACUUCGGCCACCAAGGGGCCCAGGAAGAAUGGAAAUCCUCGAUUAGAAAAACACACACCGACGUGCCAGCUCCCAAGCACAGCUCUGGUGGAUUCCUCAGCAAAGCCGGCAGGACCUUUUCCUUUGGCGGACAGAAGAAACAACAAGCUGCCGCAUCCCUCGUCGACGAUCAUCCGCUUCCUCCGCCGCCCUUGCCGCCCCAGGCGUCAUCGGACGAUUACAGCCGGAGACCUCGAGGCCUGACAGAUUCCACCGACAGGACCGCUACGCCCCCAAAGCUCAGCGAGGAGGAUUUUGCCCUCGACUUUGGUAGUAAUUUUGGUAAUAUGUUCAAGGGGUCUGGAUUCGACAAGAGAGCCAGCCAAAUGACGCUCCCCGGUAACGACAAGUCCAACUUGGGACCCCGUUCCCUCACGACCAACCGAGUAAACCAGCCCCAGCCCUCGCCCAUCAAGAUUGACCACUCCGCCAAAGUGGAGGCUUCGCCCUACUCAUGGAGCAGCCAGCACUCAAACGAUAACCUGCUGCACCACUCCGGCUCUAACUCCCCUACUGCCACUGAACGCACAUCUGUACCACCCCCAGUGCCUCGACACGGCUCGCCGCUGGCCUUCCGCAACAAUGUGCCAUCGGACAUCAUCGAAGACGAGGACGCGAACCUCUUGAAGGAUUCGUUAGCAGCCAGCCGCUUCCUUGGUGGUUCUGAACAACCCGGCAAUCCGUCCCCGUCCGGGAGGUUCCGCAGAAACGAUGACACAUUCUCCACGGCGUGGGAGUCGGCGGACGGAAAAAAAGAGGAGGAGAACAUGUUUGACAACAGCAGGGCGCAGCAGCCGAAGCCGGCCACAAACGCGAAUCGCUACACGCCCAGCAACAAUCAAAGUCCGCCUCGCAACAAAGUCAUGACUCCCGCGGAGUUCGAAAAGUACCGACGAGACAAGGAGCGCGAUGACAACGCCAGCCAAACGGCCAAGGCUUCCAACAACAGCCGUGAUGAUGAUGAGGAUCAGUAUGAUGAUGAUGAGGACGACGUUGAAAAGGCGAAGCUGGCUGCCAAGCAGAGGAGGAAGCAGGAGGCACACAUGGCCGUCUACCGACAGCAGAUGAUGAAGGUUACGGGCGAGUCUCCAAUGGCCGGACCCUCCGGCCACGCUACUCGACCAAAUCUCUCCGUAUCGCUCAGCACGCCCAAUUUGCCGAACCUGGCCGUCCCCUCGGGUCCGAUGACGGGCAGGUCCGACGGUUCCGAAGGAGAGGAAGACGAAGAAGUUCCGCUUGCCAUCCUGGCCGCGCACGGGUUCCCGAACAAGAACAAGCCGCCUGCGCGGAUCAUGAACAUGGCAUCGAAUCCCGACUUGCGGUCAUCAGUCCACUCACAGCCUGCUCAGCCUGCCAGACCGGGAUCCAGCAUGGGCGAGGGAACAGGACCCAGAGGAACCAGCGGUGGGCACCUGCCCGCCUUCGCGAGAAGGCUGCCACAGGACCCGUUUUUGGGUGCCGGUCUCAUCAACGCCCCUCCCCGGGAGUCUUUGACGUUUGGCGGAGGCUCACCCGCACCCGGCGCUCAGCCUCCUUCUGUCCCCAUGGGUGGUCUAGUCGGUGUGAUCGCCAGCGAGGAGCGGUCCCGAGCCUUGCGCAGAGGCAGCCCCAAUAUCGAGGCACAGAACGUCAACCCCUUCACGGGCGCCCCGGUCGACCCCGUCGGCGGAAUCCCACCUCAGAUGAUGUAUGGCAACAUGAAUGGAAUGAACGCUAUGGGAGGUGGUAUGGGUGGUAUGGGAGGCAUGCCGCAAAUGCACCAGAUGCCUCAGAUGCCCCAGAUGAUGCUUACACCAGGAGACCAGGCACAAAUCCAAAUGACCCAGCAGAUGCAGCAAUUCAUGCAGAUGCAGAUGCAGUUCAUGCAGAUGAUGGCAACCCCGGGUCAAAAUCCGAACGGCAUGAACGGUAUGCAACGACCCAUGAGCCACGUCGGUACCCCUUCUAUCCACGACAGCCAAAGACAAUCGUACUUUGGCGAUUCCAUGCUGGAGCCUCCCCGACUCGACCCCCGAACGAGAACCAUGAGCAUGGUGCAGCCCAGCUCUUCGUCCUGGAUUCAGCCCGGGGGAGGAUUCGAUCCUUCAAUUCACGGAGGCAUGGGCGUUGGCGGCGGGUACGCACCCAGCAUCCACGCUCAAGGCGCCGGGUAUGCCCCCUCGAUCGCACCCUCGGAACGCAGCAACGUGGGCUUACCAGGCCGUUACAGACCCGUAACGCAAGCGCCCCCUCAAUUGGAUUCCGGUCGACGCAUGUCUGUCAUGUCGGGAGCCAUCGGAUGGGACCAACCGCCCAAGGUUAUGCAGCAACAGGAGACGAAGAUGCCUAAUAAGUCGGGCGGCAACUCGGACGAUGAUGACGAGGAGGGCUGGGCCGCGAUGAAGGCCAAAAAGGAGAAGAAGAGGGGCUUGUGGAGAACGAAGAAGAGCAUUGGCAGCGAGAUUGGGGCACUUAUUUCGUGA